GUUCAUUUGGGAGUUCAUCCUUUCUUUUUGAAAUCUUUAUUGUUUUGGAGGCUGCCAGGAUGAGUCGACGAAGUUCAGCAUUUUUCUCGUUUGCAUCGUCUCAUUGGACGACACGGUCUUCGAGUCGGCCUAGUUCCUUUCGACGAUCGCCACGGCGUCCUCGACCUCGCAGUUAUCCUACAUCGACCGAGAUCCUGCAGUGGACAGUUCACAGCAAAACCAUGCAACAAGCCAUGCGAUUACUGAAACGUCGUUCCACCACCGAUGUCCGUCGAAAACCAAAGACGGCGAACCAACGCCAUCAUUCAAUGACUAGACCAAGCCCAAGAAAACCUUCUCCGACCCGAACACUGUCUACGAGCGGAUCAAUUUCCACCGCCAUCGGCACCGCCACCGCCAUGGAAUCGAGAGAGGAUGAUUUUACCAGCAAACUGUUUCGCCAAACCAUGAUGACAAUUUCUUCAUUGUCUAAUACGACGCGGCCCUCCUCUUUGUCAUCGGCAAAGUAUCCAUUGCCACCCACCUCCACUCACGUCCCUGUCUUUCACACGCAGUCCAUGUUGUUUCUGUUUGGUUUUCUCUUUUUUCCAUGCUGGUGGAUCGGGGCGUUUCUAAUCAAAGAAGAAAAGGACGAGGAAGACGACAAGAUGAGUCACACACAUGAUCCAUCGUGUCAGUGGUUCUUAUCGCGUCCUUUAUCAAUGCUGGGAUCCGAUUCGAGGGGGUUUUCGCCAUCAGAAAAAACGGUGGUGGCGGAACCGACGCUUCCACCCCCUGCAAUGGUAAUGAUGGUGCAUCCUUCGCUGUUGGCCAACGGUCGUGUCAGUGCACGUUACCUGUGGAUGAAGGAAAAGGACGACGGAAUGGGAGCGGGGUUCCGUCGCCAAGAUAAUUACAUGAUGGAAAAAAAGAUGUAUCGGCGUUACAACAAAUGCAUGAGUUUUGCCUCUUUGGCACUUUUGACUCUCCUCGUUGGCAUGCUCAUAUGGUACAAGACCGGUGUUCAAAACAACUGGUGGAAACCCGUCUUUUCAAAGAGACCUUUGUAAAUCCACGCUGCAGUCGAUAAACUAAUUGUCUUGUGCUGAUACUGUGCAGUACAGGCUUUCAUAUGUAAUUUUCUAGGAUAGGGGGUUACCCAAAAAGUUUAUUUACAAAAAAAUGUAAUAUAAAAUGAA